GAUAUAAACCUGGACAGGACGUUCUUCACCUGUACAUCCCUCUCAUUCCAACCAGGUGUGACCACCAAGUCUGGGCAGCACUUCAACAAGCUCAACCCGGAGGGGUGCACCGUCAUCUAUGCGCGGAUUCAUCGCAGGCUAGCGGCAGUGGGGCUGUCCUUGCGGGACUUGCUCUGCAUGUUCACCAAUCCUGGCGAACGGGAGCUCGUGGCGGAGCAGUGGCUAGACGUGGCCUCCACGCUGCCCUUGGGCGUGUCCCGCGCGGAGAUGCAGCAGCUCUUUGCGAAGAUGGACGCCGAGGGCAGCGGGAAGGUGCCCGUGGACGCCCUGCAGAGCGCGGUGAGCCGGGCCCCAGCGGCCAGCUGCUCUACGGCGCCACCGUGGAUCUCGGCCGCCAUGCAGCGGGGUCUGUGCGCCCAGAUCCGCGACGCGCUCAGCCAGCUCAGGGAACCUGGUCCCAACGGUGCCGUUGCCCUUGCGCGUGAGUCCGAUUUCAGGAGGGUGGUCAUGCAGACGGAGCGGUACCUGACGUCGGACCAGCUCAACUCUCUCGUCCUGCUCGCAGACAAGAGCGCCGACGGGCACGUGGACUACGAGGAGUUCGCCGAGCGCUUCGGCGGCGGCGGUGUUGCGGCGCUGCAGGUGCCUGGACGUGUCCUGCCGUCGAUCUGCCAGCCGCUGCCGGGCGUGGCGCAGCCUACCGACGAGGAGGUCUACGCCGUGGCAAGCCGCACGGCCCACGUGCUCGAGCGCCAUGGCCUGCCGCCCGACCGCCUGCCAGCGCUGGUCGCGCUGUGGGGAGGCGGUCUGGGCACGCGCCAGCGGAGCGGCCGUGGUGCCUCUGCUUCGGCCCGCUCGCGCCGCGCCCCGAGGCCUGCGGGAGCGCCGCGGCCUUCGCGGCGAGGCUCGCCGAGCUGCUCGCCCAGGGGGCGUGGCGGGCGCAGUGCGAGUGGGCGGCCGCCAACGUCCCAGGCCCCGCGAUCCGCAUGGUGCUGCAGCGCCAGGUCAUCGAGGCCGAGAGCCGCACGCUGGAGCCCGCGGAGUUCGAGCGCACGCUGGUGGAGGCUGGCAUGCAGCCUGGGAGCGCCCAGGCCGCGGUGUGGCUUGCGGAGAAGACCGCGCAGGGCGACAUCCGCAUCGCGGAGUUCCUGUCGAGCUUCGGCGGCCCGCAGACGACGGCGGAGAAGAAGAAGAGAGGGAUGUUCUGGCGCAUCGUGGGGCGGUGAGUCGCCCUCUUGGCGGCGGCUGGGCUAG